AUGCCUAAGAUCAACCAGAUCUUGCUGGACUGCGAUAACACCCUCGUCCUCUCUGAGGAGCUGGCGUUCGAGGCGUGUGCAGACAUCGCAAAUGAAAUCCUUGCCAAGCGUCAGAUCACGGAUCGCUACACGGGCGAGCAGCUCAUCCAGGACUUCGUUGGACAGAACUUCCGCGGCAUGAUGAUCUCGCUUCAAGCCAAAUACAAGUUCGAAAUGCCUAAGGAGGAGUUUGAGCACUACGUCAAGGAGGAGGAGAACCAGGUCAUUGCCAAGCUGGAAGCUAAGGCCCAGCCUUGCAUUGGCGUGAACGAGGAACUGGAGAGGAUCCAUCGGGAGGGCAAGUACCGCAUGGCAGUCGUCUCUUCAUCCGCUCUCCGCCGCGUGCAAGCCUCGAUCAAGAAGGUCGGCCAGGACAAGUUCUUCGACCCGACCCAUGUCUUCAGCGCUGCCUCAUCGCUCCCCAAGCCCACCUCGAAGCCAGACCCUGCCAUCUACCUGCACGCUAUGGAGAGACUGGGCGUUAAGCCUGAGCAGUGCGUCGCUGUCGAAGACAGCAAGAGUGGCGCCCUCAGUGCUAUCCGUGCAGGUAUUCCAGUCAUUGCCUACGUUGGCAGCUACCACGGCGACCAGAAGAGGGCCGAGAUGGCCAAGCAGCUGUCCGAUCUUGGCGCCAAAGUGGUGAUGAAGGAUUGGACGGAGUUCCAGUCUUGCCUAGCGCAGAUCGAGGCUUGA